AUGGCUGCAGGGAACAGUCGUAUGUCCUCUCCCUCUUUUGGGCCUAGCACAGAUAGACCAAACCCUCAUUACAGCCAUGCUCAGAACCCAGCCAUUGAGCGCUGGGUCUCAAUGCGUGAAAAUGUCUAUCAACACUUUAGGUUCACCCCAGUCAAGACCCGUCAGGUCGUCGGUCUCAUGGUUAUUGUCCCCGCAUUUUGUGGCCUUCUCGCGUAUGCAACAGACGUAUGUGCCUUCACAAUCUUCGAGCGUGGGCGUCGUGCUCAGUAUGAUACACUGUUCCAGAACAAGUUUGAUUGGGCGGGGAAAAAGAAGAACGAUUCGCUACUGCGGACACCUGCAUCCUCACAAGACUGA